AUGGAUCUGGUAAAAAGCCAUUUGAUGUAUGCAGUUAGAGAGGAAGCGGGAGUUCUGAAGGGGAGGAUCAAAGAACUAACAGAGAAAAGCUCCCAGCUGGAGCAGGGGAGCAAUCUGCUGGAGAAACUGGUCAGUCCAGAGCAGCUCACCCACACUCAGGCCCAGCAGCAGACUGGCUUCCCUCCAGCCACAGGGGCCACACAGCCCCCUGCACAGCCAGCACCCUGGGGCUCAGGAUGA